GUCCCCGUGGGCUGCUUGCGAUUUCUUAGAUCAGCCGCCUUCAUAAGUCGCAUGUGGCAUCCUUGCUCUCCAUUCCUGCGCUGUACCACUUGCAGAGUAGCAUCUUGAUACCCUCGAUCCUUCGAGCGUAGCACUCUCCCCUUUUCUGCCGAGUCUCACCAAGAUACAUUUCCAGUCAUGUCAGUCAGCAGCACCAGCAACCCCGUCGCCAAGGCAGCGGCCGCGCCAGCGCCCGGCAACCCGAUCGUCUUUCUGGACGUGGCGAUCGGUGAUGUGGCGAAGGCCAAGAAGCAGCGCAUCGUCCUCGAGCUGUACAAAGACAAGGUGCCCAAGACCGCAGAGAACUUCCGUGCAUUGUGCACCGGAGAGAAGGGUAAUAGCGCGACGGCUGGCGUCCCUCUCCAUUUCAAGGGUAGCGGCUUCCACAGAGUCAUCCCGCGCUUCAUGAUCCAAGGUGGUGAUUUCACCGCGGGCAACGGUACCGGAGGCGAGAGCAUCUACGGCGAGAAAUUUGCAGACGAAGACCUCACCGGCAAACACGAUACUCCGUUCCUGCUCUCCAUGGCCAACGCGGGCCCCAACACGAACGGAUCGCAGUUCUUCAUCACCACCGUGCCCACGCCGCACCUCGACGGAAAGCACUGCGUCUUUGGACGCGUGUUGCGCGGCAAGGGGGCCGUGCGCAAGAUUGAGAACUUCCCGACGGGCGCAAACGACAAGCCGCGCGACACGAUCACCAUCGCCGACUGUGGCGAGCUGGACGCACAGUCGUGGCAGAGCCAGACGUGUCCUGAAGGGCAGCAUGCAUCCGCAGACGGAGAAGAGGACAAGUACGAGGAGUACCCGCAAGACUAUGACGUGGAGAAUAUCGACGAGGAUCCCAAGAUUUGCUUCCGUAUCGCCAAUGAGCUCAAGGCGCUCGGCGCUAAACACUUUGCUAAGGGCGACUACGAGAGGGCAUUAGAGAAAUGGCAAAAGGCCCAGCGUUAUCUAGCUGUCCACCCAGUUCUGCCAGACGCGCUCGAAGAUAGGGACACGUUUGAGCCGGCAUACUACGGUCUCAAGACGCCGCUGCAACUGAACUCGGCGCUCUGUGCAUUGAAGUUGCAGCCCACUCCGGAUGCGCAGCUAGCUGAGAAGGAAACGAGCAGCGUCCUCACGCGCCUCGUUGGUUCUUCCACCACCGCCGAGCAAGCCGUCGUAGCCGAACUGCCCGCAGCGACCAAGGCGGACGUCGCGAAGGCGUACUACCGACGCGCGCUGGCGCGUGUCGUGCUCAAGCGCGAUGAGGACGCCGAGCAUGAUCUCGCAGCUGCGCUCAUCUACGCACCCGAUGAUGCGGGUAUCAAGAAGGAGAAAGCGUCCGUCUCGGCACGGAGGCAGGCCAAGCUGAAGGCGCAACGGGCGGCAUACAGCAAGAUGUUCGGGUGAUGCGCGUGACUGGGGUGUGAGCGCUGGGCAGUAUACAGAAUUGUAGAUCCGGGGAUGAUCAAAAGAAUUCAAACGAGUGCAAAACAUGUCUUGCCACUUCGACAAUUUCCAGCGCUUUUACAGACCAGAGCCAUGGCAUCCCUUCUCCCUUGAGAAGCAAGAUUUCUGAGAGCAUCACGUCAUAUUAUCAAGAUCACCCUCCAUUCAUCUUUGUAGGGUUUGCCAUUUACAAAUUCACAACGGUUGCUUUUGAAGCGACAGUAAAUCACUAGAAAUAUCCAGCAAUCAGCACAGCAGAGCAGAGCAGAAGGGGAGGGAAACCGCCUCCUCUCUGUUCUUUUGUUCCCAGAUCUAAUUCUUCAUCCCACGUCGUUGGCGGUGCUCUUCUGCCUCGGUGAAGCGCAGGACAAAGUUAACGAUCGUUCCGGUGAGUAUGGCAACGCAGAGGAACGUAGGUC